AAGACUCUGGCGCCCAUAAGCCAGUUGGAGACCCUGAUUCAAAGGAAAAUCUUAUAGCAAUGAUUCUCAGGCCGACAGCAGGGGGGCCAGUAGGCAAACCAACUAAAUUCCUUGCAUUGGAUUGUGAGAUGGUUGGGGUUGGACCUUUUGGAUCAGAAAGCGCCCUAGCAAGAGUCACCGUUGUCAAUUAUGUUGGAGAUAUCGUCCUUGACGAGUUUGUGCUGCCACAAGAGACUGUCACCGACUGGAGAACCUUUGUUAGUGGCAUCAAAAAGGAAGAUAUGGUUCAUGGUGAGUUAGUAUUUGCGACCAGUGAUCUAUUGAGACCUGAG